AUGGAUGCGUUUCCCGCGAGCUACGUUGACCACAACCUCCCGCUUGUUAUACUAUCAGGCCUCAGCCCAGACCAGAGCUCGCAAGAUCGGCUGCCGUUGCUCGCAGAUCCAGAGGCGACGGGCUCUACAGACGGCGGAGCUCGCAUAUUUUCGGAUUUCCCGCUCAUUACUGGUGCCACUGCGGACGGAUUGCUGAGUGCGUUGCUCGCGGAGGAUGCCUCGGACUGGCCAUGGAACUCGAGAUAUUUCAGCCACAGGUCCAACGGGGUGGGAUUUAGGAUUCGGAGAGCUGGGAGGACGUACACGCUCCCCCCGCAAAAGGCUGCCAGACCGUCGAUACCUACUGCCGCGGACACCACACUGGGCUCUGGGAAGGGAUUGGGCGCUCCUCUCGUGCUACAUUCGCCGCUCUCUCCCCUGACUCCGGGGUCUGAGGUCUUUCCAGAUGGCAUCAUCACGCCGGAAUGGAUCACUAAACACCGAUCCCUCGUUCCUGCAGCGUUCAUCAACUUCUUCCCUCUCACCACUGACACAAACAUGGCAUCCCUCAAAGACAACCAGCUGAAGAUAGAGAUCAAUAGUCUAAAAAGGGACUGGGCUCAAUCAGAGUAUAAGACCCGAUUUGUUGUCGUCUUUUUGUUUGAAGACGGCCCGCUUCGAGAUGAUGCCAAUUACCGCAUUUCAAGUAUUAGAAAGGCCACUGGUUUGGAUCCCAGGAACGUUUUUACUCUUCAACCGAACCCCAACCCAGUUGAUAUCCAGAGAUUCGUAAAAUCUUUAAUCUCCGCCUUACAGGGCCCAGCCGUCGAAUAUUACAGAGACCUCUCAAAGCACACUCGACGGAAACGAAAUCGGAGUAGUAUCCCCCCACCAACAUCGCCGCCGACAAGCGGGACGUCCCAGACUCUAUCGCUUCAGGGAUGGAAUGUUCGCUAUGAAUUUAAACUGGGUGUUUUUGCAGAGUUUCGCCAGGAGAUGGACGCGGCCGGCCGUAAUUAUGAGAGCGCAUAUGAUCUACUCUUCGGGGAGGAAGUGUUUGGAUCAAUUGCUGGAUGGAGUCCAAAGUUCAAUGAUGCGCGCAUGCUUGCGGACGUACUUGCUAUGCGAAUCCUCCGGUGCUACUUGUGGGUGGAACAGACAACAUCUGCUGUCCAAUUCUGGAACGCGCAUAGAAGACGAAUUCAGGAUGUUGUCAACCGCCAAGGGAAAGGAACUAGUAAUUACGGAUGGGAAGCGUGGGAAGUGAAUUGGUCUCUAGUGAUGGCAGAGUUGCUAGAUCGCGCCCAUCUUUCCAUGUUUACAGGACACGGGAACCCUCUGGAUGCGGCUGAACAUACAGGUGAAUCGAUCUACGUUAUGUCUGAAAAGGCAGUGGUAUCAGGAGAACGGGUGUCUCCAUGGGAUUUCCUCCACCAUCGUGGUUACUGGUUAAGUCGCGCGGCCAAGCAUACUGCACGUCGAAGACUCCUCGCUGAGAAAAUACCGCAGGAGGAUCGUUUACCCCCAGACCAGCCUUCAGGAUCACAACGGAAAGCCUGGUCGAAUGUCUAUGAUACAUACCAGGCCCCUGAGCCUCAUAACGAGUACCCCAUUGUUGACCAACCGGGAGCUAAGUACUCGAAACAAAUUUUGGGGUAUCUUGAAGGGUCGGUAGCAGAAUUCGCCAAGAGAGGCCAGUUCCGUGCUGUUGAAAAGCAGAAAUUCGACAUGGCGAAAGAGUAUGUCCGUCUCGAAUCUUGGACUGAUGCCAUCCAGGUCCUACGCCCACUAUGGCUUCUACUUUCUUGGAGGGAGGAAGGGUGGUGGAGUUUGAUGGAAGAAUGUGGAUGGUUACUACGCGAAUGCGCAGUGCGCUGCAGCGACGUUGAGACUAUUUACCGUAUAGACUGGGAAUUAAUGAAUAAGAGUUUUACUAACCGACCUGACUGGAAAUAUGAUAUACAUCAAAAAUAUGACGUUUUGGCUCAGGACGCAAGGCCUACUAUAGUUUUGAGGGAUGAAGAGGUUACCUCUUGCAUUUCGAGUUCUUUCCUAUUCAUUUCCUCACGAGGAAACGUUGGGGAGCCCCUUCAAGGCCAACUUGUGCUCCAAUCAGAUAGCAACAAAAGUUCGGCGCCGAUAUACCUCAGCGAGGUGAAAAUCACCUUCGAGGGUGGUUUAUCUCCAAUUAGAAUACUUGCUGAUGCCGACGCGACACCAGCAUCUGAAUGUUCCCAUACGCUAUCAUCUAUAAUAUUGGGCGAUGCGGUAUCAAUCCCCUCCGGCGGCCAAGCUUCAGCAACAGCCUACCCGGAGAUGAGAGGGACUGCAAAUCUGGCACUCUCCCCUGGGCAGAGGAGCGCGGUCACCCUAACUUUGACCCCACGCGAGGCAGGCCAUGUUCGGGUCGCAUCAAUUACUUUGGUAGUGAAAGAUGAUAAAUUUGACCUCUCCUACACUACCGUCGACCAUUCCCGCCAGCAACCUCGGUGGUGGGCGAAGGGGAAAAAUGGUGUCGUUGCGAGGAGAAUUGGAAAAGAAAGGGACCCCUUGGCCUGCCAGAUUCUACCCAAACCACCAAAAGUACUGAUUUCGGUUCCUGGCCUACGCGAUAUGUACUAUUUGGGUGAGAAAGCCGGGUUAAAUGUCAGGCUGGACAAUAAUGAGGAUGAAACAGCGACAAUCGUCAUCGAAGUGAAGCUUAGUAGCCGUUCUGAAUCUCCUGCCACAAUCAGUUGGCUGGACGACGUCGAUUGCCUGGAUCACACUGAAGAUAUGUCGGAAUCAGCGGGAGCGACUCCUGGUAUACCAGUCAUCACAACCCAAACUAUUAGGCGCAACGUUGCCAAACUAGGGCCAGCCGAACAUACCAUCCUGCCAGCAGUCGUUAUCGAGACACCCCAUCCGAUAAAAUAUGAUUUAGAAAUCAGCGCGUUUUAUCAUCUCAACUCCGACCCGGAAACUCCAAUAUCCAAGACAAUAUCGCUAGACUUGCCAUUUAUCCAGCCAUUUGAAGCAAGUUACGAAUUCCUUCCCCGAUUACAUCCGACCCCGUGGCCGGAUUUCUUCCAUUUCGAUGAUACGACAAGUUCCGACGAGGGAGCGGGCCCGCGGACUAACAUGCAACAACGGUGGCUAGUCCAUUCGAAGUUGAUGUCCUUUGCACAGGAGCCUCUUGUCAUAGAGGAUGUCACGCUGAGGGUGGUGAGCACGGUAGCAGGGAAGGUUUGUGCCAUCACCGCAGAGCAAAGCAACAAGCCUAAGCGGAGAAGCAUCCGGCCAGAAGAACCCCAGAACUCGGACUUCGUUGUCGACGUAGAACGGCCUGCGGUAGACGAUCGCCAGUCAACGGCCCUAACUUUCACGCUGGAUAUUAGAUGGCGUCGGGGGAACCAGCACGGCGUUUCCAUAACGGAUACACCCGAGUCAACGCCGCCAGAUGUGUCUCUUCCUCCAGGGGAAGCGACAACGUCCCUGGCUAUCCCGCGCUUCGUCAUUCCGAUGAGCGAACCACGCGCGCUCGCAUCUCCAGCGGCGCCGACCAGCCUUCCUGGGCUGAUUCAGAUAAAUUACACGCUGGAAAACCCGUCAAUGCACUUCCUGACGUUUAGUCUGACCAUGGAGGCCAGCGACCAGUUCGCGUUCAGCGGGCCCAAGUCACUCGCCGUGCAGCUGGUUCCUCUAAGCCGGCACACGGUGCAGUACAGUCUCCUGGCGACUCGGAGAGGGACGUGGAUACAGCCGCAGCUGGUCGUGGUGGAUUCGUACUACAACAAAACGCUCCAUGUGCUGCCAACGGAGGGCAUGAAAACGGAUGGAAAGGGGGUCCUGGUGUGGGUGGACUGA